UUUUAUUAUAAAUUAUAUAAACUUAUCCUGCUGGGUCAACUCUGCUAGUGGGUCCUAAAAGCUGUUACCUGCCUGAGCGCACGUCACAGCAGGAGAGCAGUGGUUACCAACUCCUCUCACAUAGCAGAAGCUCUUCUCCAUGCAUCACAAUCUGUAUCCCUAAAGCAAAUUUUAUUAGGUACAAAGUGUUGUAUCUCAAUCUAAAGGAAUUUCUCUGAAAACACAAUGUUGGGAAUUUGCAGCAGAGCUCUGGUAACGGUGGGGAUGGUGAAGCCCUGUCACUUGGUUAAACCUGUAUCAGCAACUCUGGUUGCUGCCAGAAACCUGACCCAGCAGAAGGGACUGCCCAGUCAGCCUGUCCCCCCUCUGCAUCAGACCUGUGAGCUCUACCUCAGCAUGCUGGAGCCCAUCGUGGAGGAGGACGAGCUGAAGCGCACAAAAGAGCUGGUGAAAGACUUUCAGAAAGCAGGAGGGGUCGGAGAGAGACUGCAGAGAGGCCUGGAGAGGAGAGCACGCAACACUGAGAACUGGUUAACAGAGUAUUUUGUGAAGUAUGUCUAUCUUGACAAACGGUACUCUUCGGUGGUUCAGUCCAACGCCGGGAUGGUCUACCCCCAGAUGGAAAUCAGAGAUAAACAGGAACAGAUAAGGUUUGCCGCCAAAUACAUAGUGGGUUUUUUGGAAGUAAAGAAAAUGAUUGACAAUGAUGCUCUACCAGUUGAGUACAUGAAAGGGAAGCCGCAGUGUAUGAAGCAGUAUGAGCAGAUGAUAUCAUCCUGCCGGAUCCCUGGUCUGAAGGAGGAUUCAUUGGUGUUCUAUGGCAGGAGCUCCAACCCCCCCAAACACAUCACUGUAGUACACAACAAUCAGUUCUUCGUACUGGAUGUGUACAAUAGUGACGGGACUCCGCUGACAGUUGAUCAGCUCUGUGUUCAGCUGGAGAGGAUCUGCAACGCCUCACUACAGACCGACAUGGAGCCUGUCGGCAUCCUCACCUCUCAGCAUCGUGACAUCUGGAGCAAAACCUACGUCAGUCUAAUGAAGGAUAAGAAAAACAAAGAAUCACUGUCUGCUAUCGAAAGUAGCAUCGUCACAGUGUGUUUGGACAAAGCGAUGCCCCUAGUGUCUGAUGAGAUGUCUCGCAGCAGUAUUACUCACUGGAUGCAGACUGGAGGAGGCAGCCAGUGGAACAGUGGAAACCGCUGGUUUGACAAGGGGCUGCAGGUAAUUAUUGGAGAAGAUGGAAUUUGUGGUUUACACUUCUCCCAUGCCUGUGCUGAUGGCGCAACCCAUUUGGUGUUGGGAGGAUAUGUAAUAGAAAACAUAAACAAGGAAAAGACACAGACGAUGCCGCCUACAAUAGAGCCUUUGCCAGUGCCCCAGAAACUGCACUUCAACAUCACGCCUGAGGUCAAGAAGGACAUUAAGGAAGCCAAGCACAGCAUGGACGUACUGGUCCAAAACGUGGAGGUGAGGGAUACAGUAUUUGCUCACUUUGGGAAAAGUGUCCUAAAGGCUGACAAGAUAAGCCCCAAUGCUUUCGUACAGAUGGCGCUACAGCUGGCCUACUACAGGAUGUACCAGCGGUGCUGUCCAAUAAUGGAACCUGUGUCCCUGCGGACUUUCAGACUCGGCCGUCUAGCUAUUAUAAAUUCAACCUCGAGUGCAUCAGCUGCCCUUGUCAAGGCCUUUGACAAUCCCAAAAAACAGAACUCAGAGAAGGUUGAUUUAUUGGAGAAAGCGCUCAAAGCACACAAAAAGAGCACUAACAUGGCAGUCAGCGGACAGAUGAUAUACAGACACCUCUUGGGUCUUAAGAUGCAGGCUGUUGAGGAAAACAUCUCCAUGCCUGAUCUCUUCACAGACACCUCCUACGCUAAAGCCUUUGACUUCAGAAUCACUACCUCUCAGGUGAUGUCCAAGUUUGGCUGGACAUGUGUUGGCCCUGAACAACCUGGUACAUACUGUAUGUACUAUAGUAUUAUGGAUGAUCACAUUUAUAUCAUCGUCACCACUUUGGAAGCUUCCAACACCUGCAAAGAAACUGAUGCAGCCCAUCUAAUCCAAGCCAUGGAGGAUGCACUGUUGGACAUGAAGACCCUGCUGGGACAAACACCAAGAGUCGUAUUGUGAACCUAAUCCAGACUUAAAACAAUAGUUCAAUAUUUUGUGAUAUUUGCUCUUUUAAUUUCUUGCAGAGAGUUGGAUGACAACAUCAUACCACUCUCAUGUCUGUCGUUUUAAAUGGAAGGCUGCAGCCGGUUAGCAUAGCUCCUCAUAAAACCACAAGUUGUUGUUUUUUUUACAUUUCAGUUUUUGUAUGAAUUAAAAAGACGUGUUAAAUAGUGAGUGUUAGAGGUGCUGGUGGGUGGAAUUGUUUCCAGUCUUGGUGCUGAACUACAAGGUACAUUAUAGGUCAUGGAAAUAAAACUAUUUUACAUGGUGGAGUGCUGCGGAUGAAUUAAAGCUGGGGAAGGCAACGUGUUGGGCAAGGGUUUUUUCAGUUGAAAGUAUCAAACUGAAAAAAAAUCCCACCCCUUCUUUCAGGUCUCCCUCCAAAACCACUCCCUCAAAACACAUUUCCAUGUGCAAUGAGGCCAGCAAAUCAUUUCAUUUGGUCCUUAUUUCAGUCAUACGGCAUCCACAGAAACCAGAUUCUUUUUCAUUUUUGUGUCAGAGCUAAUUUGAUUUAUUGAUUGCUGUCUGUUGAUUCCUGUACUUUUUAUUUUAUUUUAAGCUUUAAGGAGUUUGAUAGCCUUAAGGAAGAAACUGUUCCGAUGUCUUAUGGUGCGACAGUGAAUACUGUUCUUGCCAGAUGGCAGUAGGGUGAAGAGGCUUUCGCUGGGUGGGUACUGUCUUUUAGUAUCCUUUGCCUCUGUGCAGGCACCUCACCUCACCGAUAUCUGAUGCUCAGGUGCUACUUAUCUUCUGCAGGUUUUAAUCACCUGCUGCAGAGCCUGGGUCGUGCACAUCCCAUGUAAGCUGAUGAAAUUUCCGGUGAGGUGCUUUCUAUUGCUCAUAUGUAAAAAUGAACUAGAACUUGGCACGGAACUCCUUUUUAAGUUUCCUUUAGAAAUACAGCUGUUUCUGAGCAUUAAGCUAAUCAUUGAUGACUGUAGCCUUAUAAACAGAUAUGAGAGGGUUAUAGAUUUCUAAUCUAACUCUCAGCAAGAAAGCAAAUUUUUAAAAAAAAAGCACUUUUUCCAAAAUGCCAAACUAUUGCUGAACUAACCUGACACAAGCUGAAGUAGACUCUAUGGUCCUAGUCUCGCUGACUGUGAAGUUUCAUAGUGAUUCAGACAGGCAUGGAAACGGUUCAAUAGUCUCAUGUUCUGUAUACUUAUAAACAACUUGCUUCCCAGAAAAUUUUUUAUUCCCUUCACAAGAAUCUUUGUUGUCUCUAUGGUCUGUGUUCAUGUUCAAAAACUCUUUUGUUCCUGCAGAUUGCUGUUUUCUCCUGGACAUUGGUUACUGAUUCAUUCUUUACGGCUUAGGUAGCCAAAUUUUAUUACGACGAUUUUGUUUACAUUUCCUUACACCUCUAGUGUGCCACUUUAUUAAAACUUUGAUUAUUGUUUCACACCUGUAGUUCGGUUCAUCUGGUCCAGACCUGGAUCUGCAUUUUUUUAGUUCUAAACCUGUUCAUGACGUUUUAUAAACGAACCAAGACGGGUAAACAUGACGUGACUUACAGAUAACUUGUUGACAGUUAGGCAGUUGUCAUCCUGCAUCAUCAGUGAGAGUUACUGUACUAAUCAAUCAUUUUUCAAAUAAAUCACAUUAAAAAUGA